UAUGAUGAGCACGCUGUCCACCUCACACAAAUGGAUUAAACUUUCAGUUGUAAGGAAGUUACAGUUUUGCUACACCUGACGAAAAGUUUUCAACUUCAAGAAACUUUAACAAAACGAGGCAUGAUUCAGAGGACCGAGUUGGUGCUCUCCGUCCUGGGGGAGCUGCAGGAAGCUACAGAGUGUGUGGGCCUGGACGCCCUCACUAAGGUCGCUGUGGAUGUGGAGCAGACCCUUUCUGCUUUCCAUCUUCCCACAGCACUCUGCACCGAGAUAUCCUCAUGGCUGGGGAUUGACGCUAUAGCUCAUAGACUGUAUCCAACGGACGCUCCAGCUGGUUUACUUCCUCUGGUUUGCAAAGGAGAAGGGAACCUGUUGUUUGAUGCAGCUAGCAUGCUUCUGGUGGGCUCUACCAGUCUGAGUUUGGAGCUGCAGGUCAGGACUGUGGUGGAGAUGCUGCUUUGGAAGCGGUACUACCUGUGCGGUAUGAUCGACUCAAAGGUGAUGCUGCAGGCAGCCAGGUUUUCGCUCUGUGCCGAGGAGUCUCAGGAUAUGCUCAAUCUUCCGAUUAAGGUACUGGAGGCCAUUUUUGAUGCAGAUGUCAAGGCGUCCUGUUUCCCUGGCUCAUUUGCAAACAUGUGGCACGUGUAUGCGCUGGCUUCAGUCCUGCAGUGCAACAUUUACUCCGUUUAUCCCAUGUACAAUUUAAAGAUUCGACCCUAUUUCAAUCGACUUAUUCGUCCAAGGACAUGGCUGAAAGACCGUGAGCCCUUGACUCUUCACAUCAUGUGGUCAGGUGACCUGGAGGCAGGCUCUGUUUUUAAACCCCACAACUUUGUGGCUCUGAUUCAUGCAAGUGAUCUGAAAAUUGGGAGCCCCAACAGUGAGCAGCGAAUGCCUUCUCUUACGUCUCCGGAGCAUGCGAGUCCUAAUUCUCAAUUCACAUACACCACCCUCAAAGACAAGUUCAACAUCACAAAGAGCACAUUUUACCGCUGGAAGAGGCAAAGCGUCGAAUACCACAAGAAGUCGGUAGCGAGGUAUGAGGCCAAACACUUUUUUCUAACCGCUUACAAACAAGGCAAACUGAUUCCUCUCAGCCAGUUUAAAGAGCUUUUUCCGGAAAUUCCAAGAUCCACAUACUACGCAUGGAAGCAUGAGCUGGUGUCCACUUGCAGUGUCUCGGGGGGUUCCACAGGGGAGUUGAGUCCUGGAGACAGCACAGAGCAGGACUGCUGGUCAUCUCCAGAAAUCAAAAAAACACCCAACCAGAGAAGUUUUGCUAGCAUGAUAGCUCUCAGGUGCGAGAAACUUGAAGGAGAGCGGGCCCAAAAUGUGUCCUUGAUGCAGGAGGCAAAGAAGACCCUGCAGAACUGCAUUGUUGCAAAUACCUCCUUUCCCUACAGACUCUUUAAAAGAAGGUUUCCAGGCAUCUCUAGGUCCACAUACUACAACUGGAGGAGGGAAGCCAUGAUGUUUACUCCUUUCAAAGAGUUCUCAGGGAGCAGUGAGGAAGGCUCAGAUGCUGAUAAAACCCAGAGUCCAAAGAGUCAACUGUCCCCUGCUAUGUCAGAGAGACGAAAAUUGACACCUACAGUGAGGAUCUCCAGACGCAGACAUAAGAGCCUGAGGCUGGCUUACCACCAAAGGAAAACAUUAAGGGAUGAAGCCAAAAUGCAUGUCCAGAGGUCGAAGAUGUCCUUCAUCAAAUUCAAGCUCAAGUUCCCUUCAGUUUCCUCUUCUUUCUACUGGCUUUGGAGAGAUUCUUUGAACAUGAACAGGAAAACUGCGACGCCUGUCGUGAUAUCUGAGACUGAGAGAUCCCAAAAUCUGAACAUUUCACAGGAUGUCAUGGAAAAGAUAAAAACUCCAGUAAUGUUUUCUUUUGAUGGAAACAUUGAUUACCUGAAUGGUCAUCUAGUUAGCCCACCUGCAUUCACACUGCCUGAAUUCUCUCUACCUGAUAAAUCCAGCCAUGAACAGAUGUUUGUGAUGGAUGUAGUGGCACUGGCUAAUUUCAAGGCUAAAGCGAAGCUAUUCUUGCAGCAACGAUUCGAGGAGAAGUCCUUUCCUACAUUUAAAGAGUUUAGGUCCUACUUUCCGCUUACACCUCGUUCCACCUACUACAUGUGGAAAAGGGCUCUGCAUCAUGGGGUACCAUUAAUUCAUGGCUGAAUGCCUUAUAGUGCUGUUAAUCUGCCUUUCCUGUAAAAACUAAAUUGACACAAUUUUUGCAAUGCUUUUGAGCCUGAGAGUUUUGUUUAUUGUUUUUUUUUUUUUAUUUGGUCUACACUAGCAUAAUUGCAGUUCAUGCAUCUUAAUUAUUUGUCCCCUUUCUUUUUUUGACCACUUGUUUCUAGCUCAAGCACAUUUGCAUGUGUGUGAAAUCAGACAGUCUUUGUGUUCGCUUGAGUACUGAUGACCCCUAGGCAAAAGGUAGUUCAAAGACAUUUAUCCAGGUUUCAAAACGGCUCUGGUUUUGCCCCCACCCCCAAUUGUUUACAAUUUAAAUGAGUUGAGUUAGUUUACAUGACUGAAUGUGUUCACUUUGGGUUCAUUUUAUUUUCUUGUCUUCAUUUUGUUUUAACUUGCAUAUUUUUGUUUGUUUUUAAUUCUCUACAGUUUAAAACAUUGCAUUACAACAGCAGUUGAAAAAUGUACAGUAAUUUUUAAUUUUAUUUCUUUUUUUAAAACAUAUAUAUUUUUAUAUUGACUAUUGAAUGUUUUCUUUGCUUGACGUUAUGUAGCCAAGUUAAAUGGAGUUCCUCACGGUUGAAUGUUUCAUAAUUCUAUGAGGGUGUGUUGCUGUUUUGCACAUUGUUUUGGACCACACAUUUUUUCAGCUCUCACAUUUUGUGUUUCUCUUGCUGCUAACGUUGUUAAUAUUUAACAGUUUCUGACUUAAACUACCUAGCUAACCAUUUCAUCUUCGAUUAAACUUGAAGUUAAACGUUUCAAAAAUAUCACUGUGUUAUGUGUAUGCACAAAGAUGCAACUUUGUUUAUUCUUUUCAUGUUGAGGAUCUCAUUUCAUAUACAGGACUAGUUGUUCCUAAACUGGGUAAUCUGUUAACUAACCUGUUUUAUGCCCAAUGUUCUGACUUCAUGUGAGUGUUUAUGAAAUGUUAGAAACUAACCUUGUGGAUUCAGUUCACAUGUUAAUAAAAGUCAGAAAUGGAUUGUA